AUGUCUGCUUCUUUUAAUACUGUCAAUCGUGCUUCCUUCACUGCUGGCACUUUAUCGCUCCCAUCAGAAACUGCAAGGCUGCCCUCCUCGUUUUUGAAAGGAUUGGCUGCCCAUUUCACUACCAAUAUUGUCUCUAAUACUCCAGAACAAGAUAUUCAUAACGUUGUUAUUAUUGGUUCUGGUCCUGCUGGACAUACUGCAGCCAUCUAUUGUGCCCGUGCCAAUCUUGCUCCUACCAUGUACGAAGGAUUCAUGGCUGGAGGUGUUGCUCCUGGAGGUCAAUUGACUACUACUACUGAUGUUGAAAACUUUCCUGGAUUUCCAGGUGGUAUUAUGGGUCCUGAGAUGAUGGAUCGUUUCCGUCAGCAAUCCCUUGCCUUCAAAACCACCAUUCACACCCAAACUAUUUCAAAGGUAGAUCUUUCUCAACAACCAUUUAAGAUCUGGCCAGAAUCUUGUGAAAAAGACCCUCCCAUUUUGGCAAAGUCCAUCAUCAUUGCAACAGGUGCAACUGCCAAGCGAAUGAACAUUGAUGGCGAGGAAACUUAUUGGCAGCGCGGCAUUUCUGCCUGUGCUGUAUGCGAUGGUGCUGCACCCAUUUAUCGCAAUCGUUCUUUGGCAGUGGUUGGUGGUGGUGAUUCUGCUGCUGAAGAAGCAAUAUUUCUCACCAAAUACGCUUCCAAAGUCUUUGUUCUUGUGAGAAGAGAUAAACUACGUGCUUCCAAGGUCAUGGCAGAUCGACUGCUUAAACAUCCCAAAGUUGAGGUUGUAUGGAACACAGUUCCCAUUCAAGCCAAAGGUGAUGGAAAACUGCUCCAGACGCUCGUUGUUCAGGACACAAAGUCGGCCCAACAGCGCGAUCUCCCUGUAUCGGGUCUGUUUUAUGCCAUUGGACACUUGCCCAAUACGAAUGUGUUUGCUACUGGUGGUGGGCUAGAUGGCACUGCUCCUCAGGUUAAUCUAGACAAGGAUGGGUAUAUCAUCACUGAGCCUGGUACGUCUAAAACAAAUGUCGCAGGUGUGUUUGCUGCUGGUGAUGUGCAGGAUAAGCGCUACAGACAGGCUGUAACUGCUGCUGGAUCUGGAUGUAUGGCUGCUUUAGAUUGUGAAAGAUGGCUGGAAGAACACCACAAUUAA